CCUCCCCCCGACUGCAGGAGUUGUAGGAGUUUUACGUGACUAUGAGUACUUUUAAACAGCAAGCCGGGUGAAGCUGCAGCACAGCUGGGAAAUAUCGAAAGACUGGGAAUACGAACACAGCAUAACAGGUCUUUAAAGUUCUGGAUUUCUAUGGAUCUGGGAUUUUAAACGAUUUCAAAAAAGAGGGAUAACCUAAACCCCAUUUGGGUAAGGAAACACAAGGAAGGUGUUAGUACCUGGGCUCAAGGUGGAGAUGGACGCGGGUCCUCUGGCGUCGGUGGCCGAGGGUUCUCCGGAUGGAGAGACGGUGUGUGCUGCUUUGGCCCGCUACGAAACCACAUUGCGGGAUGCCGUGCGUGAGAUCCACGUGGACGUCAGCGCUUUCAAGCUGGGCAUUGAGAGGAGGCUGGAAGAGGCCAUUCAUAUGAGCGGACCUCUCGGGCAAGCCGUGGCCCAAUUGCAGCAGGAGAAUCGGCAGCUCAGGGGCCAGUUGGAGGCCCUGACCCGACAGGUAGAGAUGCUGACGGGUUCGGUCUGCGACAGAAGCCCCCUUCUUGCUGGAGGAUCUGUACCGGCUAACAGCAGCACAGCAGGGCAUCAGACUCCGACCUCUCCAAACGGCUCUGCGGCCCCCAGCGUGACUGCCCUGACGGGUUCGGCGAGCGGAUCUGCCUCCAGCCCCACCGCCACACGCUUCUCCAGCAGAGCCACCUUUGCCGUCACCGGCAAAAAUAAUAGCACUGAGCGAGAUGAACCUAUUGAAGUGGAUCCAGCACCCAUUACUCAAGGAUUAGAGAAUGGACAUUUGCCUUCAGCAGAAAACUCCAGUGUGCCUUUAAGGGGAAACCCAGCACCUAAUGGUGUGUCACAAGAACACACAGCACCUGCAUCUAUGGCAAUGCCACACCUGCCCAUCACGGCAACUACCAAAGUAGCUGAUUCUGCAGUAAUGAAGAGUCCAGAGUCACCCGGUAGCCCGAUGCAAGCAACUUCCUCCGCUAUAACAGAUUCACUAACAAACAGUCAGCCGCUCACCAAAGGCAAGCAGCCACAACUUGAGUCGCCUGUAAAUGCAGGAUCAUCUGUGAAAACAUGGGCUCCAACUCCUGCAAGGACUAUGGGAUCCUCACGGCUUACUGAGAAAACAUCUGCGUCUACAAAGUCAGUGACCUACUCUGGGGUUUACUCACACAAUACAGAUAGGAAUGUGGAUAUGCCAGGAGAUUUAUCCUUUGGUAAAGGCAUUGAUCGCAGACGGGAGCUUUUUAGGUCCCAAACUCUACCUCGAAGCCUUGGGGCCCAAGCACGCAGAUCCAUUUUUGAGAGGCUGGACACUGAGAACAACAAUCGACCCAAGCCUGUGGAUUCCAAACCAAAGCUAAAACGCUCUCAGAGUUUUGGAGUCUCCAGUGCCAGCAGUAUCAAGCAGAUCCUUCUGGAGUGGUGCAGGUCCAAGACCAUUGGAUAUCAGAACAUCGACAUUCAAAACUUCUCAGCCAGUUGGAGUGACGGGAUGGCAUUUUGUGCCCUGGUCCAUUCAUUCUUUCCCACAGAGUUUGACUACAAUGCGCUUUCUCCUGUUGAACGCAAACAUAACUUCGAGUUGGCAUUCAGCACUGCAGAAAAGAAAGCUGGCUGUGAUAGGCUCAUUGAAGUGGAGGACAUGAUGGUGAUGGGCAGAAAGCCAGACCCUAUGUGUGUUUUCACAUAUGUCCAAUCGCUAUACAACCACUUGCGCAAGUUUGAAUAAGAUCACGGUCACUUCAGCCCCAGUUGACAAUGCUGCACUGUCCCCUGGUGGACACAAUUGAACUCUGAUACAGUAGCAAUGGUUUGGGGUUGCAAAAAGUCCAUAGGAACCAAUGUUAGUCGCUUCUGUGAUUGCUUUUAUCAGCAGCUAUUUAUACAAUUGUGUUAGACUGACAUGGCUUUAUGUAUGGCACACAAAUUGUGAGAAAAAAACACUUGAAGGAAGUGGAUUAUGGAGCCAUUUUAUAGACUGCAGAAAUAAAGAUAUAUAUAAGUCUAUUAGUGGAUAAUGUAUUUACCAAUGAAAG